GUAGCAAGCAGCGCGCCGCCAUGUUGCUGUACGGAAGGGAGAGCGGCGUGAUGACGCACUUCCGGCGGCGCUGAGGCGGGAAAGUUGAGCACCAAAUCCUUGGGAUUUUCCAGCAAUUCCCCAGGGAUGGAUCCUGGGAAAGAAAAACAUGAAAAGGAAGGGAAAAAGGAUUUUCCACUGGAUGUUCUGGCCCACCUGGAGCUGUUGGAGGCUCAGCACCGGGGCUGGGCCGAGGCUCAGGAGCGCCAGGAGCAGCUCCAGGAGAGGGAGAAAUUCCUGAAAUCGCGAAUCCAGGAGCUGCGGCAGCGCCGGGACGCGCUCCGGGAGAAAGUGCGGCAGGCGGUGAGCGUUCCUAAAAAUCACCUGGGGAUUCCCGGAUUUUGGCUUUUUCAGGAGCUGGGAAAUUUGGGAAUUGCGUCGGAGCCGGAUCCGCGGGAGGUGCUGGAGUGGAAAAUCCAAAAGUGCCGGGAGCUGCUGCGGCUCUUCCGCCUCACCGGGAUCAGCGGGAAGCUCUCCCCCCACGGCAUCUCCCUGUCCCUGCACACUUCCUUCGAGGGCUCCCUGCUGGAUUCCUUCCACCUGGAGCUGCAGGAACGCGGCGAUUCCGGGCGCUUCUGGCUCUGCCGCCAUUCCGUGCCUCCCUUCAUCCCUCUGGAGCGCCUGGCCCGGGAGCUGCUGCCCCGGAACCCGCGGCAAUUCCUGGGAAUUCUGUGCCGCCACCUCAACACCUUCGUGGGCAGGAGGGAGCAGCUCCGCAAACUCCAGGUG